ACGUCUCCGGUGGUGGCCGUGAGAUCCGAAUCUCGAGGCAACCGGUUGUUCGUCUUCGGAUUGGGAUUCGUCGGCCGAUACGUAUCGAAUCUGUUGAAGAAAGAAGGAUGGGAAAUUGUUGGGACUUGCACAAGUGCUAUUAGGAAAAGAGAACUUGAGGAGAUGGGCUUGGAUGCAUAUGUUUUUGAUGCACAUAAAAGCAAAUUGGAAAGUAUUCCUACCUUGCGAAAUGCAACCCAUCUUCUCAUCUCCAUUCCUCCUAUUGCAGGCAUUGGUGAUCCUUUGCUUUGUUUGCAUAAAGACCUGCAAAAUCUAUUGACUUCUGGGAAUCUUGAAUAUUUGUGUUAUCUAUCCACAACAGGUGUCUAUGGAGAUUGUGGUGGAACCUUGGUGUCCGAGGACUAUCCAGUAAACCCUAAAACUGAAUCUGCUAAGUCAAGAGUUGCAGCUGAGAAAGGAUGGCUAGAUUUGGGGCAUGAACUUGGGGUGCCUGUUUACGUAUUCCGAUUGGGAGGAAUAUAUGGUCCUGGAAGAAGUGCUUUGGAUACCAUAAUUAAACAGAAAUCCCUGUCAGAAAAACAGACAAUGAGGAAGUUGAAGCGUUACACAGCACGGAUUCAUGUUGCCGAUAUCUAUCAAGCAAUCAAGGCCAGCUUUAGUCUUCCGUCUUCUGGGGAAAUAUAUAAUGUUGUAGAUGAUGACCCUGCACCAAGAACUGAAGUAUUUGCCUUUGCGCAAGCCUUGCUCCGAAAUCGAUGUCCACAUAUGAUUGACCAGUUUGAGGAAGACGACACAGUCGAAUUACAAAGCCAGCAGCUGAAGGCAGACCUAGUUGAUGGUGAGAAACGCGUGUCAAAUGCUAAAUUAAAAGAACAACUUGGUGUAAAGUUGAUGUACCCAAGUUACAAAUACGGACUACCGAGUAUCCUGGAUUGUUAUUUACUUGGCAACAGUGCUCACUAUCCUGACUGGUGAGCAAUUUUUGUGGGCAGGAAUGUUAUGUUUCACUAUGAAACUUGUUGCGGAUAUGAGAUAGAACCAAGGUGUCCUUUUUAUUAGAGGUAUCAGAAGGAUAAAUAGGCUAAAAGUUAGUAAAAAUAGGACCUACAUAGAAGAGAAGCAAAUGAAGUUUUGUGCCGGCUAUUUUUUGAAUGGAAUGUAUAUGGAAUCCCCAUGAAUUGGAUCAAGCCCUAUUCUUUCUAUGAUAUUCUCAUAAGAUUCCUCUUCCA